AUGGAGCUCCCAUUCCCAUGGAGCUCCCACUCCCAUGGAGCUCCCACUCCCAUGGAGCUCCCACUCCCAUGGAGCUCCCACUCCCAUGGAGCUCCCACUCCCAUGGAGCUCCCACUCCCAUGGUGCUCCCACUCCCAUGGAGCUCCCACUCCCAUGGUGCUCCCACUCACUCACACCUGCACUGUGGGUGAGAGCCAUCACUGCAACCGCGCCACUCUCUGCCACUCACGCCACUCUCUGUCUCUCACGCCACUCUCUGUCACUCACGCCACUCUCUGUCACUCACGCCACUCUCUGUCACUCACGCCACUCUCUGUCACUCAUGCCACUCUCUGUCACUCACGCCACUCUCUGUCACUCACGCCACUCUCUGUCACUCAAGCCACUCUCUGUCACUCACGCCACUCUCUGUCACUCACGCCACUCUCUGUCACUCACGACACUCUCUGUCACUCACGCCACUCUCUGUCCCUCACGCCACUCUCUGUCACUCACGCCACUCUCUGUCUCUCACGCCACUCUCUGUCACUUACGCCACUCUCUGUCACUCAUGCCACUCUCUGUCACUCACGCCACUCUCUGUCUCUCACACCACUCUCUGUCACUCACGCCACUCUCUGUCACUCACGCCACUCUCUGUCACUCACGCCACACUCUGUCACUCACGCCACUCUCUGUCACUCACGCCACUCUCUGUCACUCACGCCACUCUCUGUCCCUCACGCCACUCUCUGUCACUCACGCCACUCUCUGUCUCUCACGCCACUCUCUGUCACUUACGCCACUCUCUGUCACUCAUGCCACUCUCUGUCACUCACGCCACUCUCUGUCUCUCACACCACUCUCUGUCACUCACGCCACUCUCUGUCACUCACGCCACUCUCUGUCACUCACGCCACACUCUGUCACUCACGCCACUCUCUGUCACUCACGCCACUCUCUGUCACUCACGCCACUCUCUGUCACUCACGCCACUCUCUGUCUCUCACACCACUCUCUGUCACUCACGCCACUCUCUGUCACUCACGCCACUCUCUGUCUCUCACGCCACUCUCUGUCACUCACGCCACUCUCUGUCACUCACGCCACUCUCUGUCACUCACGCCACUCUCUGUCACUCACGCCACUCUCUGUCCCUCACGCCACACUCUGUCACUCACGCCACUCUCUGUCUCUCACGCCACUCUCUGUCACUUACGCCACUCUCUGUCACUCACGCCACUCUCUGUCACUCACGCCACUCUCUGUCUCUCACACCACUCUCUGUCACUCACGCCACUCUCUGUCACUCACGCCACUCUCUGUCACUCACGCCACACUCUGUCACUCACGCCACUCUCUGUCACUCACGCCACACUCUGUCACUCACGCCACUCUCUGUCACUCACGCCACUCUCUGUCUCUCACACCACUCUCUGUCACUCACGCCACUCUCUGUCACUCACGCCACUCGCUGUCACUCACGCCACACUCUGUCACUCACGCCACACUCUGUCACUCACGCCACUCUCUGUCACUCACGCCACUCUCUGUCUCUCACGCCACUCUCUGUCACUUACGCCACUCUCUGUCACUCACGCCACUCUCUGUCACUCACGCACUCUCUGUCUCUCACACCACUCUCUGUCACUCACGCCACUCUCUGUCACUCACGCCACUCUCUGUCACUCACGCCACACUCUGUCACUCAUGCCACUCUCCGUCACUCACGCCACACUCUGUCACUCACGCCACACUCUGUCACUCACGCCACUCUCUGUCACUCACGCCACUCUCUGUCUCUCACGCCACUCUCUGUCACUUACGCCACUCUCUGUCACUCACGCCACUCUCUGUCACUCACGCCACUCUCUGUUUCUCACACCACUCUCUGUCACUCACGCCACUCUCUGUCACUCACGCCACUCUCUGUCACUCACGCCACACUCUGUCACUCAUGCCACUCUCUGUCACUCACGCCACACUCUGUCACUCACGCCACUCUCUGUCACACACGCCACUCUCUGUCACUCACGCCACUCUCUGUCACUCAUGCCACUCUCUGUCACUCACGCCACUCUCUGUCACUCACGCCACUCUCUGUCACUCACGCACUCUCUGUCACUCAAGCCACUCUCUGUCACUCACGCCACUCUCUGUCACUUACGCCACUCUCUGUCACUCAUGCCACUCUCUGUCACUCACGCCACUCUCUGUCUCUCACACCACUCUCUGUCACUCACACCACUCUCUGUCACUCACGCCACUCUCUGUCACUCACGCCACACUCUGUCACUCACGCCACUCUCUGUCACUCACGCCACUCUCUCUCACUCACGCCACUCUCUGUCACUCACGCCACUCUCUGUCUCUCACACCACUCUCUGUCACUCACGCCACUCUCUGUCACUCACGCCACUCUCUGUCUCUCACGCCACUCUCUGUCACUCACGCCACUCUCUGUCACUCACGCCACUCUCUGUCACUCACGCCACUCUCUGUCACUCACGCCACUCUCUGUCACUCACGCCUCUCUCUGUCACUCACGCCACUCUCUGUCACUCACGCCACUCUCUGUCUCUCACACCACUCUCUGUCACUCACGCCACUCUCUGUCACUCACGCCACUCUCUGUCUCUCACGCCACUCUCUGUCACUCACGCCACUCUCUGUCACUCACGCCACUCUCUGUCACUCACGCCACUCUCUGUCACUCACGCCACACUCUGUCACUCAUGCCACUCUCCGUCACUCACGCCACACUCUGUCACUCACGCCACACUCUGUCACUCACGCCACUCUCUGUCACUCACGCCACUCUCUGUCUCUCACGCCACUCUCUGUCACUUACGCCACUCUCUGUCACUCACGCCACUCUCUGUCACUCACGCCACUCUCUGUCUCUCACACCACUCUCUGUCACUCACGCCACUCUCUGUCACUCACGCCACUCUCUGUCACUCACGCCACACUCUGUCACUCAUGCCACUCUCUGUCACUCACGCCACACUCUGUCACUCACGCCACUCUCUGUCACUCACGCCACUCUCUGUCACUCACGCCACUCUCUGUCACUUACGCCACUCUCUGUCACUCAUGCCACUCUCUGUCACUCACGCCACUCUCUGUCUCUCACACCACUCUCUGUCACUCACGCCACUCUCUGUCACUCACGCCACUCUCUGUCACUCACGCCACACUCUGUCACUCACGCCACUCUCUGUCACUCACGCCACACUCUGUCACUCACGCCACUCUCUGUCACUCACGCCACUCUCUGUCUCUCACACCACUCUCUGUCACUCACGCCACUCGCUGUCACUCACGCCACUCGCUGUCACUCACGCCACACUCUGUCACUCACGCCACACUCUGUCACUCACGCCACUCUCUGUCACUCACGCCACUCUCUGUCUCUCACGCCACUCUCUGUCACUUACGCCACUCUCUGUCACUCACGCCACUCUCUGUCACUCACGCACUCUCUGUCUCUCACGCCACUCUCUGUCACUCACGCCACUCUCUGUCACUCACGCCACACUCUGUCACUCACGCCACUCUCCGUCACUCACGCCACACUCUGUCACUCACGCCACACUCUGUCACUCACGCCACUCUCUGUCACUCACGCCACUCUCUGUCUCUCACGCCACUCUCUGUCACUUACGCCACUCUCUGUCACUCACGCCACUCUCUGUCACUCACGCCACUCUCUGUCUCUCACACCACUCUCUGUCACUCACGCCGCUCUCUGUCACUCACGCCACUCUCUGUCACUCACGCCACACUCUGUCACUCAUGCCACUCUCUGUCACUCACGCCACACUCUGUCACUCACGCCACUCUCUGUCACUCACGCCACUCUCUGUCACUCACGCCACUCUCUGUCACUCAUGCCACUCUCUGUCACUCACGCCACUCUCUGUCACUCACGCCACUCUCUGUCACUCACGCCACUCUCUGUCACUCAAGCCACUCUCUGUCACUCACGCCACUCUCUGUCACUUACGCCACUCUCUGUCACUCAUGCCACUCUCUGUCACUCACGCCACUCUCUGUCACUCAAGCCACUCUCUGUCACUCACGCCACUCUCUGUCACUUACGCCACUCUCUGUCACUCAUGCCACUCUCUGUCACUCACGCCACUCUCUGUCUCUCACACCACUCUCUGUCACUCACGCCACUCUCUGUCACUCACGCCACUCUCUGUCACUCACGCCACACUCUGUCACUCACGCCACUCUCUGUCACUCACGCCACUCUCUGUCACUCACGCCACUCUCUGUCACUCACGCCACUCUCUGUCUCUCACACCACUCUCUGUCACUCACGCCACUCUCUGUCACUCACGCCACUCUCUGUCACUUACGCCACUCUCUGUCACUCACGCCACUCUCUGUCACUCACGCCACUCUCUGUUUCUCACACCACUCUCUGUCACUCACGCCACUCUCUGUCACUCACGCCACUCUCUGUCACUCACGCCACACUCUGUCACUCAUGCCACUCUCUGUCACUCACGCCACACUCUGUCACUCACGCCACUCUCUGUCACACACGCCACUCUCUGUCACUCACGCCACUCUCUGUCACUCAUGCCACUCUCUGUCACUCACGCCACUCUCUGUCACUCACGCCACUCUCUGUCACUCACGCACUCUCUGUCACUCAAGCCACUCUCUGUCACUCACGCCACUCUCUGUCACUUACGCCACUCUCUGUCACUCAUGCCACUCUCUGUCACUCACGCCACUCUCUGUCUCUCACACCACUCUCUGUCACUCACACCACUCUCUGUCACUCACGCCACUCUCUGUCACUCACGCCACACUCUGUCACUCACGCCACUCUCUGUCACUCACGCCACUCUCUCUCACUCACGCCACUCUCUGUCACUCACGCCACUCUCUGUCUCUCACACCACUCUCUGUCACUCACGCCACUCUCUGUCACUCACGCCACUCUCUGUCUCUCACGCCACUCUCUGUCACUCACGCCACUCUCUGUCACUCACGCCACUCUCUGUCACUCACGCCACUCUCUGUCACUCACGCCACUCUCUGUCACUCACGCCUCUCUCUGUCACUCACGCCACUCUCUGUCACUCACGCCACUCUCUGUCUCUCACACCACUCUCUGUCACUCACGCCACUCUCUGUCACUCACGCCACUCUCUGUCUCUCACGCCACUCUCUGUCACUCACGCCACUCUCUGUCACUCACGCCACUCUCUGUCACUCACGCCACUCUCUGUCACUCACGCCACACUCUGUCACUCAUGCCACUCUCCGUCACUCACGCCACACUCUGUCACUCACGCCACACUCUGUCACUCACGCCACUCUCUGUCACUCACGCCACUCUCUGUCUCUCACGCCACUCUCUGUCACUUACGCCACUCUCUGUCACUCACGCCACUCUCUGUCACUCACGCCACUCUCUGUCUCUCACACCACUCUCUGUCACUCACGCCACUCUCUGUCACUCACGCCACUCUCUGUCACUCACGCCACACUCUGUCACUCAUGCCACUCUCUGUCACUCACGCCACACUCUGUCACUCACGCCACUCUCUGUCACUCACGCCACUCUCUGUCACUCACGCCACUCUCUGUCACUUACGCCACUCUCUGUCACUCAUGCCACUCUCUGUCACUCACGCCACUCUCUGUCUCUCACACCACUCUCUGUCACUCACGCCACUCUCUGUCACUCACGCCACUCUCUGUCACUCACGCCACACUCUGUCACUCACGCCACUCUCUGUCACUCACGCCACACUCUGUCACUCACGCCACUCUCUGUCACUCACGCCACUCUCUGUCUCUCACACCACUCUCUGUCACUCACGCCACUCGCUGUCACUCACGCCACUCGCUGUCACUCACGCCACACUCUGUCACUCACGCCACACUCUGUCACUCACGCCACUCUCUGUCACUCACGCCACUCUCUGUCUCUCACGCCACUCUCUGUCACUUACGCCACUCUCUGUCACUCACGCCACUCUCUGUCACUCACGCACUCUCUGUCUCUCACGCCACUCUCUGUCACUCACGCCACUCUCUGUCACUCACGCCACACUCUGUCACUCACGCCACUCUCCGUCACUCACGCCACACUCUGUCACUCACGCCACACUCUGUCACUCACGCCACUCUCUGUCACUCACGCCACUCUCUGUCUCUCACGCCACUCUCUGUCACUUACGCCACUCUCUGUCACUCACGCCACUCUCUGUCACUCACGCCACUCUCUGUCUCUCACACCACUCUCUGUCACUCACGCCGCUCUCUGUCACUCACGCCACUCUCUGUCACUCACGCCACACUCUGUCACUCAUGCCACUCUCUGUCACUCACGCCACACUCUGUCACUCACGCCACUCUCUGUCACUCACGCCACUCUCUGUCACUCACGCCACUCUCUGUCACUCAUGCCACUCUCUGUCACUCACGCCACUCUCUGUCACUCACGCCACUCUCUGUCACUCACGCCACUCUCUGUCACUCAAGCCACUCUCUGUCACUCACGCCACUCUCUGUCACUUACGCCACUCUCUGUCACUCAUGCCACUCUCUGUCACUCACGCCACUCUCUGUCACUCAAGCCACUCUCUGUCACUCACGCCACUCUCUGUCACUUACGCCACUCUCUGUCACUCAUGCCACUCUCUGUCACUCACGCCACUCUCUGUCUCUCACACCACUCUCUGUCACUCACGCCACUCUCUGUCACUCACGCCACUCUCUGUCACUCACGCCACACUCUGUCACUCACGCCACUCUCUGUCACUCACGCCACUCUCUGUCACUCACGCCACUCUCUGUCACUCACGCCACUCUCUGUCUCUCACACCACUCUCUGUCACUCACGCCACUCUCUGUCACUCACGCCACUCUCUGUCUCUCACGCCACUCUCUGUCACUCACGCCACUCUCUGUCACUCACGCCACUCUCUGUCACUCACGCCACUCUCUGUCACUCACGCCGCUCUCUGUCACUCACGCCACUCUCUGUCACUCAUGCCACUCUCUGUCACUCACGCCACUCUCUGUCUCUCACACCACUCUCUGUCACUCACGCCACUCUCUGUCACUCACGCCACUCUCUGUCACUCACGCCACUCUCUGUCACUCAAGCCACUCUCUGUCACUCACGCCACUCUCUGUCACUUACGCCACUCUCUGUCACUCACGCCACUCUCUGUCACUCACGCCACUCUCUGUCACUCACGCCACUCUCUAUCACUCACGCCACUCUCUAUCACUCACGCCACUCUCUGUCACUCACGCCACACUCUGUCACUCACGCCACUCUCUGUCACUCACGCCACUCUCUGUCACUCAAGCCACUCUCUGUCACUCACGCCACUCUCUGUCACUUACGCCACUCUCUGUCACUCAUGCCACUCUCUGUCACUCACGCCACUCUCUGUCACUCACGCCACUCUCUGUCACUCACGCCACUCUCUGUCACUCACGCCACUCUCUGUCUCUCACACCACUCUCUGUCACUCACGCCACUCUCUGUCACUCACGCCACUCUCUGUCACUCACGCCACUCUCUGUCACUCACGCCACUCUCUGUCACUCACGCCACUCUCUGUCACUCACGCCACUCUCUGUCACUCACGCCACUCUCUGCCACUCAUGGGGCGGCGACAAGGAUCAUUGAAGCUGCACAUGGCAUGCGUUGACCCGCACAUGGCAUGCAUUGACCCGCACAUGGCAUGCGUUGACCCGCACAUGGCAUGCGUUGACCCGCACAUGGCAUGCGUUGACCCGCACAUGGCAUGCGUUGACCCGCACAUGGCAUGCGUUGACCCGCACAUGGCACGCGUUGACCUGCACAUGGCAUGCGUUGACCCGCACAUGGCAUGCAUUGACCCGCACAAGACAUGCAUUGAGGAUGCAUAA